UCAAUAAGAAAGUAAACACAAACAGGCGUCUUUCAUGAUAUUAUAAUAAUGAAUAAAAGUUUUUGAAGAUCUUAACCGUAAUGGAUGUAAAAUAGAACAUGUGAAAUACGUUGUAUAUAGCAACUUUAAUAAGGAAAUUAUUUCUGAAUUGUGAAGAAUUCAGUGAUUAAUUGUUAAUGGACAAUAGAUAUACGGUACUCGCUUCAUUUUAACAGGAAGUUAAGAAAACACUCAUACAAAUACGGAAUAUUUACCUUUUCAUUUCAAAUCUUUUGUUUCCUGUUAUUUAUAUGAUUAAUCGUUGAGGGAGGUAACAUUCCUUAUAGCAAGGUUUUGAAUGAAAACAAGACACACUUUAUCCUGUCACAGACUGCUACAGAAUCCAAUCUACAUAACAAACAACAUCUAAGCGCGAUAAAUGAUGAUGUCAGAGCGCGAGGAGCGCAUGCAGGUGGCGCAACUGUGCGAGGCGGCGUCUCGGUACGGCGAGAUGGUGGAAGUGAUGUCGGAGCUGGUCACCGCGCUACCCCGGACACAGAAACUGAACGCGGAGGAGAGGAAACUGUUGUCUAUCGCCUUCAAGAACGAAGUAGCGUUCAGGAGAAAAAGCUUAAAGUCUUUAAGACAUAUUUCGGUGCUACGAGAUUUGUCCAUCGAAACAAAACAGAUCGUUGCAGAGUACAAACGGCGAAUCGAGCAGGAGAUGAGGGAACUAUGCGUGGAGCUUAUUCAGAUGCUGGAUACGAAGCUACUACCUGGCGUGAACGAGCCCGAGUCUGACAUUUUCUACCACAAGAUGAAGGGAGACUACUGCCGCUAUCUUUGUGAAGUUGAGGACGACCAAGUUAAAGUCACUGACUACUUGGCCGAAAUUAAGGAACAUUACCAAGUGGCCACGGACUAUGCGGUUCGGAGCCUGGCCGCCACACAUCCGCUGCGUAUUGGUCUCGCCAUGAACUACUCAGUCUUCCUGCACGAGAUGGUUGAUGACGUAACUCUGGCACGUGAUCACGCCAAGCGAUUCUAUGACGAGGCUUUGGACGAGAUGGAGAACGUACGAGAGGUGGACACUGAUCGCUACAAUGAGUGCGCGUUUCUGCUCAAGUUGAUGCAUGAGAACAUAAAAGCGUGGACACUAGAAUCGGAUAUGGACGCAGUGUUUCCGUCGACGGACGGCUCACAAAAGCCUCCACAGACUAUGUCAAAAGACUUUUGAAAUGAACGUAACUAUGUUAGAUGUAUAUAUGUAUGCUACUUAUUGGCGACGGUGGACGUAUUUUCAGAAAUCAUGUGGCAGUUCAAAUGUUCAGUGUGAAACUGUACUAAAUAUAUCAUAGCUUAGUGAGUACUUACAA